GACCCCGACAAGUGGACGUGCUCCGCAAACGAGGCGCUCCACGUCUCGCUAGCAGAGCCGUCGCAGGCCGCCACGUUCCCGCCGGCCUACACCUACCCGCUCUACGGCGACGCAGAGCAGAUCUUCGGCUACCAGGGCCUCCGGCUGGACCUGGCCUUCGACUGCCUGUCGAUGAAGCCGUUGUUGACGUGCACGUACGCCGCCCGGCUGGCCGACGCGUCGGGCCCGGCGAUUACGUCAGCAGACGCCGCCGCGCCCCUCCGCGCCGUCCUCCCCCCCGGCGAUUACGUCAGCGGCUCCGAGCCCGCCUGGCGCGACGCCGUCGCCGCCGACGCCUUUGCGCUUCCGCAACAAGCCCUCGUCCGCACCUACCGCACCCGGGCAGGCGACACCUGCGACGUCUACGGCUUCCGUGUGGGCGGCGACCCGCCCUCCGCCGCCGACGCCCUGGGCAAGAAGCUUCUGCGCCGUGUCCAGGUCUUGGCCCUGCUCUACAUCGAGGCCGCCUCCUACAUCGACCUUGCCGACCCCGCCUGGUCCUUCUACGCCGUCUACAAGCGCGCGCCCAAGCCCGUCUUUGUUGGCUUCUGCACCUGCUACCAGUACUGGCGUUUUUCCACCGCGCCAGCCCACGACUCCGCGCCUCCGUUUCCCGACGCGUCGUUCCGCGCCCGCCUCUCCCAGGUCGUGGUGUUGCCGCCCUUCCAGGCCGCGGGCCACGGCCGCGAGCUCUACCGCACGCUGGCUGGCCCACACGGCGUGUGGACACGCGACCCCCGCUGUGUGCAGAUCACCGUCGAGGACCCGACAGAACAGUUUGACCAGUUACGGGACCGCUGCGACCUCGAGACGGCGCUUGCACUCAACGCCUUCCGCAACAUCCACCGCAUCCCGCUCGACUCCACGUCCCACAGACGCUUCCGCGAACAGCUCAAGCUCACCCCGCGCCAGGCAGACCGUGUUUUCGAGAUGGGGCUACUGUGGCUGCUGGCCCAUAAGGAGGGCGCGUGGAUAGCCGGGCUGGACGCAGGCGAGCCGGCCGUGCGGCGGCUCGUGAAGCGACGCGUCUAUUUGGCCAACCGCGAGGGCCUCGCUGCGCUCGGCGACGCGUCGCUGGUGCGCAGCAAGUUGCAAGAGGUGUACGAGCGUGUGGCGCAGGACCACAAGAAGGCUGCUGCUGACGUCAGCCGGCCGCUGAAAAGAGCGGCCGAGGCCGGCAGCAUGCACAGGACAUACUCAAUGAGAUCGGCACGGGCGCCUACGGCGGCCCAAUUGGCCACUCCGCCACCACCGCCUUCGUCAACCAAGGGCAAGUUCUUCGGGUCGACGUCGAUCGCAGACUCGUUCAGAAAGCAGGCAGCAGGGUCGUUUGGGCCGGAGAUGUCGAGAAAGUUGUCGCAGUUGAUCAAGAUCGAGAAGUCGCUGGAGCGUUCGCUCGAGGGCGUGUCGAACGAGAGAAAGAUGGUGGCGAAGCAGUUGUCGAUCUGGGGCGCAGACAACGACGACGACGUGUCGGACGUGACGGACAAGAUCGGGGUGUUGCUGUACGAGAUCGGGGAGUUGGAGGACCAGUUCAUCGACAAGUACGACUUGUACAGAAUCACGCUCAAGUCGGUGAGAAACAUCGAGGGCUCGGUGCAACCCUCCAGAGACCGCAAGAUCAAGAUCACGGACGAGAUUGCGCACCUCAAGUACAAGGACCCGCAGUCGCCUAAGAUUGCUGUUCUCGAGCAGGAGUUGGUGAGAGCCGAGGCCGAGUCCUUGGUGGCCGAGGCCCAGUUGUCCAACAUCACGAGAGAGAAGUUGAAGGCCGCCUUCAACUACCAGUUCGACUCCUUGAGGGAGUUGAGCGAGAAGAUGGCCCUCAUUGCCGGCUACGGCAAGGCCCUCUUGGAGUUGUUGGACGACUCCCCCGUCACCCCCGGCGAGACCAGACCGGCCUACGACGGCUACGAGGCAUCCAAGCAGAUCAUCAUCGACUGCGAAAACGCCUUGAGCGCAUGGACCUUGGACAACUCCUACUUGAAGGAGCCUUUGUUGUCGAUCCACCAGGGCAUCGAGGACGUCUACACCGUGCCGGAGGGCAUUGUCGAGGGCGACGCCGAGGUUGUCGAGGCCGACGACGCCGAGCACGAGUGGGCCCACCACGACGACGACCAA